AUGGUUUCAACAAUAAUUCGUUGUUUCAUAUUCAUUCUAUUCAGCCUUACAGUUCGAGUGAAAUCUCAAUUCUGCAAUGGGAUUGCUCAGUAUAAUCAAUGUUCGUUAAAUAGUGCAUGUGCCUGUUUCCAUAUAGCAGGUGCUAUUAACACUGGCAUUUGUACCGCUAU